AUGCUACAAUUCGUGACGGUAUUCAAUCCAAGUUUUAGUACUAGUGAGGACGAUGCAGCGAAGCAACUUUUGUUGUUCCAUUCGUUCCAGGAGAACGAAAGUAUGUCCUUGAAUAAUAAACUUACACAAUUAGGUAUGGUACAAGCCCUCUGGCGAUUCUCAGGAAGUUUUGCGGAUUCGGAGGGCAUCGGAGAAUGCGUACAGGAGUUAGACAACGCCCUUUUGUGCACCAUUAUUGUUGAAAAAGACUUUUUUAUAACAAUAGCCGUCGCGGCUACGGACCGGGAGACACCAGCGACGUACGUUCUUGCCAGUCUGCGGAAAUGCUAUAAUUUCUUCGUUUUGCAGUAUGGUUCUUGGUCGCAUUUCGAGAGCUCCAAAGAGCUGACCGAUUGUCUAAACGAGGUUUUAGUACCAUUCUGGACGGAAAUCAACUUAGUGCCGAGCCAUUUGUGCUACAAAGGGUUUCUUAGUUCGUGGCCAGAAUUCUAUAAAGUCGCAGAACUCGAACAUGGCUCUGGACAGCAGGAAACCGUUCAAUCUUCUUGGGAAGCUGAUCUGAAAGAGCAAAUUCUACUGGAUGACACCUCCUUUCUGGGUAUUCAGGAUGUUUUGGUGUACCACUUGCCUAAAUCGACAUCUCGCAGUGGCUACAAAACUCAUGGCCUGGUGAGGAACUUUACGCCGGAGUUUGAUUCUCUGCCGUGUGUCUCGAACUGGAUCGAACACUUAGAUACCAUAUACACGAGGCUCUCUAGCCACGUCAUUGCGGGUAAUGUGCAGUACAAGGAGAUCUCAGAAGAGGAAAUGGCAGAUACGGUACCCGAAAAUAAUGAGCAUGAGAUUGAAUCUACUGGCCAAGUAUUAAUGAAUCACGGAAAGAAGAUUUACCAUAAUUUUACACUCCCGAUGUCAUUUGCUUACGAUGCUGUUCAGGAGGUCGGCACCAUGACUGGUGUUUCUAGCAGUAUGGCCUUACUGACUGAUUUGAUGCCAAAGUUACCAAGCUGGGGUUCUUGGACUGGCGCGGCUGAAAAGAAGCCUAAAUUAGCCAGAAGCGAAUUUUUAAUUUCACCACUGUCUGCCGAUUUUUUGCCCGAUUCUUACAAAGUCAAAAAACUAUACCUCUCUUACGGUGGUGUCGUUGAUACUUUCAACUGCUUGUUUUGGUAUUAUAACGAGGUUCUCGUUGUACUGAUCUUCAAAGAGAACUUUAAAAAAAUUUGGGAUAAAGAGUAUUUGCAUGACACUCAUUUCAAGCUAGUCCAUUGCAUUUCUAAACUAUACGCAUCACACCUCAAUUACAACCGCCAGUCGGUUACGGACAACUUUUGUUAUGCCUCUAUCUCUAAAAAGACCAAACAGAUAAAGAGCUCUUUCCCGCUCUGUAAGUUCCAGCAGAAACCAGAAAGCGCCUCACCUCUCGAGCUUGUGGUCAGUGGAUUAGAUGAAUUUCUAACUUUGGGCCCUAACAGAAAAACCUCAGUCGCUACUUUGAAUCCUUCACAACAAUUAAGCGAUGAACCGGCUCCAGGCAAUGCUACCUGGGGAUUAAGCUUAAUGGGCAGCAUUUUUAGAAAGGAACAAGGAGAUGAAUUGAAACCGUUGGUAGAUACAUUCCUCGAUUAUAUGCCUGCUGAAAAGCUACAGCAGCUGCACCUAGAUAUCGUCAGAUUCAUCAACACAUUAACUACUUCAAAACGAUCCAAUGAUAUAAAGGAGGAGAAGCUAAUAAAACUGAACAAUGGUAUCCUCUGCUUUCUAUGUGAUAAUUCCGAAGAAACAAUAGUAUUAGUUGAAAACUGGUUCAACAAAAGUACUGCUAAGCACAAAAUGAGAGGCGGCAAGCAUACUUUGGUGGGGCAUAUGGGACCUGAGGCAUAUCAGUGGUGGAAGAAAGUUAUACAAUUGUAG